AUGGAUCCUCGAUAGCAUCAGUCGAAUUUCAUUACCUUAAGCUUUUUGAGGGCGACCAUGCGAAAGAUGGUCGAACCUUUCGGGCUUGACGUUUUCUCGAAUAUUGUAUAAACAUUGCGAAUCAGUGCCUCAAGAUGAAUAAAGCAUGCGGAUAUCCACAGACCAUAUGACCCAGGUUCCUUCGGCGUUACUUAUCCAUAAGAUCUGGAGGUCCACAUAUUUAAAAGAACUGCGCCUCUCAAGAUGAUUCUGCAAGCGUUUUACCCGUGAAGGAUGACUGGCCUACGACUCCUUCAGCUCACUUUUCUCACAUCUUGCCUUUCGCUCGCUAGUGCUCUACUCCGCGAUGGACGUCCGCAUGGCAACGCCAUGCCGAUACCAGUGGUCCCUAUCAUCGAAGUAGAGCAUACCACUAGCUACACAGCAACUUCUUUAGCGGAUGAACUACCUCCAUACGACACGGUCUAUUAUUUCGACCAACUCAUCGAUCAUAAUGACCCAUCGCUUGGAACGUUCCAGCAAAGGUAUUGGCAUACUUAUGAAUUUUAUGAGCCAGGCGGACCGAUUAUUCUUAUGACGCCAGGGGAGGCUAACGCAGCGCCUUAUUAUGGGUACCUUACGAACCGCACGAUCAACGGCCUUAUCGCCCAACAGGAACACGGGUCGGUCAUCGUUGUUGAACAUCGGUUUUACGGCCUUAGCAACCCCUACCCUGACCUUACCGUCGCGAGCUUGAAAUAUCACACUGUUCAGCAAGCUAUUGACGAUGUGGAAUAUUUUGCUAAGAAUGUCGUGCUUCCAAUGCCCAACGGUGAUCAAGUUGGCCCCGAUAAAGCCCCAUGGAUCCUCACUGGGGGCAGCUACUCAGGUGCUUUAACUAGUUGGACCAUGGUGAUUAAGCCUGAUGUAUUUUGGGCGGGAUAUGCAUCGUCUGCUGUCGUCGAAGCAACAUUCGAUUUCUGGAGGUAUUUCGAACCCAUUCACCAGAAUAUGCCACAAAAUUGUUCUGCGGAUGUUGCCGCUGUGAUUGCCUAUGUGGACGACGUCUUCUCUGGUAACGAUACAACAGCCAUCAAUGCGAUUAAAGACAAAUUCGGUCUGACUGAGAUGACACAUCUCGAUGAUGUGGCUGGCGCGUUAAGGAACAAUCUGUGGGAUUGGCAGUCUCUCCAGCCGACAUCUGGUGCUGGUGCUCAAUUCUUUGAAUUUUGUGACGCCCUAGAAGUCAAGAACGGUGCAAAUGCACCUGCGGCAGGGUGGGGCCUCGACUACGCACUCUCAGCUUGGGGUUCCUAUUUCAAAGAUGAUUACUAUACGUUGCUUUGUGGCGAUAGUAGCGCUGAGGAUUGUCUGGGAACAUAUAACGCGUCCCAAGAUUUCUGGACUAACACCGACAUUGACAACAGCUAUCGUUCCUGGAAUUGGAUAGUCUGCAAUGAAGUAAGUUAUUAUCAAGAUGGUCCCCCAGUAAAUGCUACAGAAACACCCAUUGUGACGCGACUCGUCAACGUUGAAACGUUCUACGAUCAGCGCCAAUGCCAAAUGUUUUUCCCUGAGGCUUUCCCCGACCCCCCAUACCCAGACACGAGUAAUAUUAAUACGCUGUACGAAGGAUGGGACGUUAGUCUCGAUAGGAUUUUCUUUGCGAACGGCAUUCGGGAUCCUUGGAGAGAGGCUACUGUAUCCGCGCAGGGACUUAAUAUUCCUAGCACUGAGGAAAUGCCUAUCGGACUAUCGGAUGGUUUCCAUUGUUCUGAUCUGUCCACCACGACGGGUACAGUGGAUGCAAUGGUAGGCAAGGUGCAGGCGUCCGCUUUGGCAUCUAUGAAUACAUGGUUGAAAGAAUGAGAAUGAACGAAGAUUUGACGAGUUUCAGAAAACUUGUACUCAUUUGUACAAAGCUAAAUGUAAUGAUUUGAAACUGC